AUGGCUUCGACCUCCUUUCGAGACUCAAUCAACUCGAUGGGUUGGUCGCGCCGCGAUGCCGAUCUUCAUGUAGACACUUCGCAGCAGAGCGGCCUGUUCUCGUCGCUGAAGUCUCUCAACCCUUUCGGCGACCGUGGCUAUCUCCAGCUUCCAAUCACCGAGGGAGCCGGUGCGCCUUUACCUGCGCCUAACCGCCGUGAGGAGGAAGAGGCCUGGUUUGUCUUGAGUCGAUGGGACCGGUUGCUGAUAUUCGGUGCCUGCAACCUCGCCGCGCUUGCCUGCUUUGUCCUCUGCAUUUUUCUUUUUCCAGCAUUGUCCUUGAAACCACGCAAGCUAGUUGUCCUAUGGACACUUGGAUCAGUUCUAUUUCUUACAUCUUUUGCCGUCAUGAUGGGCCCUUGGGCAUACCUGCAACAUCUGGCCUCAACACCGAGGCUUCCAUUCACGGCUGCCUACUUUGGAUCUCUCGGUUUGACAUUGUAUUUCUCGGUCGGAUUACAUAGCACAAUCCUCACGCUCUUCUCGGCUAUCGUCCAGCUGGCCUGCCUGAUCUGGUAUCUUGUGAGCUACUUCCCGAUGGGUUCUACUGGGUUGCGACUUGCAAGCAGUUUUGGUGCCCGCAGAGCAGCUGCUUGGAUGACAGGGUAA